GAGCUGGUCAGAACGUCUUCGCUCCUCCUCGGGACAGCACGGCUUCGGUCACGGCCUUCCGCGGGUCCCGACGGUCACACAUACAGAGAUGCGGGCGGCGGUGAUGCUGACGGCGCUGGUCUCUCUGACCGUGGCCUCUAACCCCGUCCUGCUGGACCCCGAGGGCAACUGUCACGUGCGGAUGCGCCGUAUGGUGCACCGCACGCGACGGUUCAUCGCCCCGGGCGCAACUUGGAAGCUGGAGUUCGGGGUGGAGAUUUUCUGGAGCGGUUUUGAGAUAUGGGCGAGAAUCCCCGUCAACUACCGGCUGGAUGAUUUGUUCAGUGGCAGGAUGAGGGAAGCCAGCGCUCGGGACAUCGCCGACAUUGUGUCUCAGCAGCUGGCAGCUGAUCGAGGCAGUGCCUCCACGGCUGCCCUCAAACAGCUGGCCGAGAGCUCGCUACGCCAGCAGGCCGCGCAAGGGUCGACGCUGUUCUUCACCGGCCGCGCCGUGGCCGAGGAUCAGCUGAACAUCUUCCAGUCCCUGGAGGCAGCCAUGAAGGAGCUGGGUGUGGACGGCAAGGCAUGCCUGCUGCGCACCAUCUGUGAGCUGCAGGAGUCGCCGGUGGCCGAGUGGACCUUCGCUGGAGAGCUCAUCACACACUUCCUCACGCCGAAGGAGGGCAACUACGACUUCCUCUCCGACUACCAGCAGGCGCGGCAGCUGGGUGCCGAGGCGGGCGGCCGGCAGCGCUGCCGAGCGGCCUACUCCGAGUGUCCUCUCUCCGUGUUCAACUUCAUCCCCGACAUGCUAGGAGAGGACGUGCUGCUGCCGCUGGGAAAUAUCACCAACAGUCUGGGCUAGGGGCUACCGCGGCAGCACGGUCGCCAAUGUUUGUUAUUUUAUCGAGUGUUCUCAUGUG